AUGGCGCAAACCAAGGAGGCAUUCGAUGCCUCGACGGACGAGGAUCUUGUCCUCGAGCAUUUCGGGUACCAGCAAGAGUUCAAACGAUCGUUCGGCUUGUUUGAUAUGAUCGGGUUCAGCUUCAGUAUUGUGACUUGUUGGACUGCGCUUGGUGGUGUUUUCAUCAUUGGCGUGGGAGCAGGUGGCCCACCAGUCAUCAUAUAUGGCUGGAUUGGAGUCUGCGUAUUCACCACAUUUGUUGCACUGGUGAUGGCUGAGCUUUGCUCACGCUGGCCUGUCGCAGGUGGCCAGUACUCGUGGGUUGCGGUACUGGCACCUCCUCGAGUAUCCCGCCAGCUCUCGUACAUAACGGGGUGGUUCAUGUUGACGGGCAAGUAUACAAGGGUGAUUCUUUCGGUGAACAACUCAUUCGCAUCGAACUACAUUCUCGGACAAGCAAAUCUGGUGUUUCCUCAGUACACCAUUGAGCGAUGGCACACAGUUCUCGUCGCAUGGUUCGUGGCUCUGGCCGCUCUGGCCUUGAAUGUGUACAUGCCUCAUGCACUCCACCGCUUGUCCCGGUUAAUUCUCCUGUGGAAUAUCGGUACCUUUGUCGUUGUCAUUAUCACACUCCUGGCGACGAAUGAUCGUAAGAAAGAUGCCAAUUUCGUAUUCUCCAAAUUCGAGAACCUCACGGGAUUCGGCUCGGCGAUGGCAAUCAUGGUCGGGAUCGUGCAGAGCAUCUUCGGCAUGUGCUGCUACGAUGCUCCAAGCCAUAUGACCGAAGAAAUGACACAUCCGAGUCGAGAUGCGCCAAGAGCAAUCAUCCUGUCUGUCGUUAUGGGAGCCGUCACAGGCUUCUGCUUCCUUCUCACGCUGUGCUUCUGCAUCGAUAACAUCGAAGCGACAGCGAACUCGAGCACUGGGGUCCCUAUUAUUCAGAUUUUCUAUAACUCGACUCAGAAUAAGGGUGGAGCCUGUACUCUGGCAAGCAUGAUUACUGUCAUUACCUUGGUCACGUCGGUGAGCUUGACCGCUGAAGGCUCACGAUCGGUAUUCGCUUUUGCUAGGGACCAUGGAUUGCCAUUUUCCAGGCUUUUAUCCAAGGUUGAUCUGAAGCGAAAGGUUCCAAUGUAUGCUUUGGUUCUUACAAUCAUGGUUCAAUUGGCGCUCAAUGCCAUCUAUUUUGGAACAGUGACUGGUUUUGAUACUGUGGUAUCGAUUGCAAGCACGGGCUUUUACAUUUCUUACGCCUUGGUACUUUUUGCUCGAUUGCUUGGUUACUUUUCCGGUCAUCGAGGACAGCUUGAUGGCACAUGGGCGCUGCCGCUUCCAAUGUCUAUUUUUUUGAACGCAAUCGGGCUGCUUUUCUUGUUAUUUUCUAGCAUUGUCUUGAACUUCCCGUCAGAGGCUCCGGUCAAUUCGGAAUCGAUGAAUUAUACAAGUGCGGCUAUUGGACUCGUGGCGCUGCUGAGUAUUGUGACAUGGGUUACUAGCGCCACUGAGAAGUUCACGGGCCCCUCAGAUGUUACUACGAUUGAUGGGGUUGUGCAAUCACAGGAGGUUCGAGAGAAGACCUGA